AUGGCUUUAUCAAGCUAUUAUGGAAUAACGAUAAUCAGUUACAACAAAAAAGAUUGGAUCAAUGUUAUUGAUGCUUUUGUUAAGUCAUAUAACUCUACUAUUCAUAGAGCACAUGAAACAUUUGAGGAAAAUGUCGAUAUACGAGAAAUAUCUAAGAAAACUAUCAAUGUACAAGAAAUACUUGAAAAAGAUAAUGAUAUACAAGAAAUACCUAAAGAAAAUAUUAAUAUACAAGAAAUACUUGAAGAAGAUGUUAAUAUGCAAGAAAUAUCUGAGGAAGAUACAAAUAUACAAGAAAUACUUGAGAAAAAUGUCGAUAUGCAAGAAAUAUUUAAGGAAGAUGAUAAUAUAUCUGAAGUUGUUGAACAACAUAUUUCACGAGUCUUGCAAAUUUAUCAAUCUGUAAAUAGUUUAUUAGAGAAAUAUCGCGACAAAUUAUGUUAG